UACUCAGUUUGUAAGUGUCUGAGAGGCCGUGUGGACGUCACAGAAGCCUCAUUGACUGGCAGCAGGAACCCACAAGCGCCCUGCCACGUCAGAGUGUCAGCGUAACGGUUGGACCACUGCGAGCAGGAUUCCGCUUUUUCAGGCUUAAGGCUGCCAUGAGGACAACUACCAGGUGCACUCGUGUUCGGGGCUGAGGGGCACCUAUGGGAGUUUGGCCUCGUCGGAGCCGCGAAUGCUCAAAGACGCGCCCCGGUGCGUCCAAAUGUGACGGCCACUUCCUUACCGCGGGCCUAGUGGCCGCAACUUUCCUCGUCCUCCUGGGGGUUUCUUUACUCCACUUGCCGGAGCCGGUGGCGCUAGAGCCGGCGACGGCCGCUCGCGAGGUGACGCUGUUGAUCUGGACUCAUCCUUUCGGGCGGAAGCGGCCACUUCCGGAUUGUUUGGCGCGCUACGGCGUCGACGGCUGCGUGCUGACGGACGAGCCGCGCGCGUACCCGCACGCGGACGGCGUGCUCGUGCACCACCGCGACGUGGCCGCAGGCGGCGCCGAGCUGCCCCCGGAAGCGACUCGCCCCCCGGGACAGAAGUGGAUAUGGAUCAACUACGAGUCGCCCUCACACACGCCGUUCCUGUGGCGCCUGGAGGGACUCUUCAACGUCACCAUGAGCUACCGAGCCGACUCGGACGUCUUCCUCCCGUACGGCUACCUGGUCCAGAAGCACGGUGACGGGCAGCCACUCUCAGAACCUUCUCGAACUCCCCGCCCGCACUUGGUGGCGUGGGUGGUGAGUAACUGGGUGGAGUCGCAGGCCCGCGUGGCCUUCUACUACCAUCUGAGCCAGUACAUCCAGGUUGACGUCUUCGGCCGAGCGGGACGCAGCAUUCCGGAAGGCCUCGGAAGCGUGGUUCGACUAGUAAGGCGCUACCACUUCUAUUUAGCGCUGGAGAACUCUCAACACACAGAUUACAUCACAGAGAAGCUGUGGAACGCCGUGUUGGCCGGAGCCGUGCCGGUGGUCCUGGGUCCGACCCGGAAGAACUACGAGCGCUUCUUGCCGCCGGAGGCCUUCAUCCACGUGGACGACUUCCCCUCAGUCGAAGCUCUGGCCCGAUACCUAUUGGCGCUCAACCGAGACCCGGCCCGGCUGAUUGGGCAUCUGCGCUGGAGGACGGGCUUCGGACUGCGCCAGCCCACCUUUUGGGGCGAACACUACUGCACCGCCUGCAAGGCACUGCGGAAGACCAUGGGACAAACUCAGGUGGUCCGUGACUUGACUCAAUGGUUUGAGUCCUGAAGAAUGGACUGCUAAUGUACAGUAAACCCCCACUAUUAGCAGGGGAUGAGGACAGAGCCCUGACAGGAACAUUGGGAAAAAAACACCAGUAAUUGACAACCUGCUAAAAACAAAAAAACAAAAAAACAAUUACCUAUAUCAAUAGUUGAAACCACAAAUGUACCACAAACUUUGAACCCACAACACAUUAAUUUUCAUUUCAAACUAUUACUUAUUAAAAACCUUACGCUUAAAAAUAAAUUACAGAUGAUUUGAUUUAGGAAAAACAACAACAGAAGUGCGCGUGUAUUAGAGGUUGAACGACUAAGGAUUUCUUUUGUCGUCAACUAUAAUGUGAUUAAAGUCGAGUCUAAGUUGAUGACGUCAUUGAUCUUUUUAAGCACCAAUUGGAUUUGGAAUACAGGCUGCCAUAAACGUGAUUAGCGAUUAGUCGACUUCAAGGAUUAAGCAUCUAUGCGGAGUAGGAAGUCGAUUCUUCUACUAGUCGACUAAUCGGUUCAUCGGCUACACUGAGAAGGUCGUCUUUGCAACCCUUAAAAGUCCCAAUUUGUCAAGCAAUAGUGAAACCUCCAUCGUUUGUUAGCUUGAGCUUUUUAAUAGCCACUCAGCAGAGCAAAACCAUACACAUGGUGAAGACGCUUCGUACCAACCCAGGCUAAUCUUAGCUCCUCCCGGACAUACAAAGAUCUUACAACAGUCAAGAUGUUGCGGUUCAACAUGCUUCCUUAACACUAAUUACUACUUUCUUAUAAGUCAGGCCGUUUGUAGCAUCCGUGGCAUCUUAGGUUAUUACAGAAGAAACACAAGAAACAGGAAUGUGAGCAUUUCAGUGAAUAGCUCAUGAUACGUUGAUAAUAACAACACUGUAGGGGAAUUUGUGAAUAGCGAUCGGCAAAGGGGCGGGGUUCACUGUACUACUUUUUAUUUCGCACUUAGUGGCCAGAAUAGACACAAGAUCAUACACAAGAUUGACACUGUUAAGAGUGGGAUAACUAACACUGGUUAAGAGUGGGAAUACUAACAGUAUGCGCUUUAACACCCGGCAUUAAUUUCUCCUACCCUGUUGUAUUCAGCGCAAUUUUACACAUCACACCAGAUGCUGUUGCGGCAUCACCCGCCUUCGCUGGGUUUUGUAUAAAAGCCAAAUGCGGAUAAAUGCGGAAUCUUCUGUCACGGCUCUGAUGCGGUAAUUUCGUUCGAUCUCUGAGAGACAGGUGGGACGGCACCUGUGCGUGAGGGAGUUUAAUAAUAAACAUUUACAGGACUGUGAAGUUUAACGCGCGCAAUUGUUGCGGCCUGAUAACUUUUUAUGUCACAUCAGACGCUGGUGCUGACGCCACCAUGAUUGUGGGAUUUUGUGUCACUGUGUGAAUGCAUACACAAUUGUGGCAAUAGCCUGCCUCUGCAACCUCCGUGUACACUGUUUUUGCUGUUAAGUUUGUUGGUCCUUCAUGCAAGAAUAUAAAAUCAUUUUUAAGCUUAUCCAUGUCUCCUAGAUAUUAUUUCAAGUCAUUUUGACUAACACUGAACACAAAAUUAACACCACGCCGUGAAUCUACACGUUUCCCGUAGCUGUUAAAAGCCCGGAUGUCUUUCGGCAAUAAUGCGUUGAGACGUUGAGAACACCUCCAAGCCUCAUAAUCCCAUAAACGUGCAACAUGGGAAUCCUGCGUAUGCAGUUCCUCUAUGUACUGUAAAGGCUGAUUGUGCUAUCCCUUCAAAUAAAUUCCUUCGAUUCCAAGUAGCUCGUCAGUGGAAUGCCGUAUGUUUGCACUGUACAGGGGUGGAAAAUAAUUUAGUGCAAAUAUUUAGUCACUGGAUUUACACCCCCACUUUAAUGUGUAAGAUCAUCAAACAAAUGUGAAAAUCAGACAAUGAUAACCCACGUAAACAUAAAAUGCAGUUUUUAAAUAGUGAUUAUAUUUAUUAGGGGAAAAGAACUAUUCAAAGCUACCUGGCCCUGUGUGAAAAAGUAAAAGUAAAUCAUCAAUUAACUGUGGCUAAAAAAUUUUUUUUAUUUUUUUUUGCAAAACUGAUUUUAUCUUCACUGGCCACAUCAAAGCCUGAUUAUGUCAUGUUCUGUGUUUCUGUAGACUUUGUUUUCAUUUGUUUUAGUUUGUCUCAUGUUUUGUCAAGUUUUGCUGUCUUGUCUGCUUGUUUGGUUUUUGUCUCCACCUGGCCUUGUACCGGUUACCUCUACUUUGUGUCAACCAAUCAGCUCCUUUGGGGACUUUGUUACAUUAGUUAUUGAAAAUU